UGCUUUCUUUCUCGGACUCAGAUCAUCACUCUGUCUUCACCUAACUCACUCUUUUCUCUCCUCUUCAACUCUUCCAGGCCCAACUAAACAUCUCGAACUUAUACAUUAAUCUCAAUUACACAACCAUGUCUUCUUCAUCGCCUCCUGCAUCUGCUAUAAGCAUGGCCUCUCUUGACAUGCCUAGUAGAAAGCCUUACAUCUCUUGCUCUCUCCAUACUCCUUCCAUUCUCCAUUUUCCUAAACAAUCCACAAGAACCACUACUUAUCCUCCCUCACCUUCUAUUUCCACAAGAAAUCCUAAGAAAAUUACUCCUUCUCCUCCUUCGGUUGAUAAAUCAUUGGCACAAGAGCCAAAGCCAUGGAACUUUUUCCAGAGAGCUGCAGCUGUGGCCUUAGAUGUUGUGGAGACUGCUUUAGUUUUACAUGAACGUCGAUACCCUCUUCCCAAAACUGCUAACCCAACAGUCCAAAUCUCCGGCAACUUCGCUCCCGUGCCGGAGCAACCCGUUGUACAUAAUUUGCCCGUUACCGGGAAAAUCCCAGAUAGCAUUCGAGGUGUUUAUCUUCGAAACGGAGCAAACCCGCUUCACGAGCCGGUGGCUGGACACCACUUUUUUGAUGGUGAUGGGAUGGUUCAUGCUGUCCGGUUUGAGAAUGGGUCCGUGAGUUAUGCUUGCCGCUUCACGGAGACAAACCGGCUGGUUCAAGAGAAAGAAUUGGGACGUCCAGUUUUCCCCAAGGCCAUCGGUGAGCUCCAUGGCCACUCUGGGAUAGCUAGGCUGUUGCUAUUCUAUGCUCGUGGGCUUUUUGGUAUUGUUGAUCCUAGCCAUGGGACUGGUGUUGCUAACGCUGGGUUGGUUUACUUCGACGGUCGUCUUCUUGCCAUGUCUGAAGAUGAUUUGCCUUACCAUGUUCGUGUUCUUCCCUCUGGCGACCUCAAAACUGUUGGGCGAUACAAUUUCAAUGGCCAACUCAAGACUACAAUGAUUGCUCACCCAAAAGUCGACCCAUUUUCUGGGGAAAUGUUUGCUCUUAGCUAUGAUGUUGUCCAGAAACCAUAUUUGAAAUAUUUCAGAUUUUCUCCAGAUGGUAAAAAGUCUCCUGAUGUUGAAAUCUCACUUGAUCAGCCAACCAUGAUGCAUGAUUUUGCCAUUACUGAGAGGUUUGUUGUUAUUCCUGAUCAACAAGUUGUUUUCAAAUUGCCUGAAAUGAUUAGCGGUGGCUCUCCCGUAAUCUACGACAAGAACAAGAUGUCAAGGUUUGGGAUAUUGGAAAAGAAAGCCAAUGACGCUUCCAAGAUUAGGUGGAUUGAAGCACCUGAUUGCUUCUGUUUCCAUCUCUGGAACGCUUGGGAGGAGCCUGAAACUGAUGAGGUUGUAGUGAUUGGAUCUUGCAUGACUCCACCAGAUUCCAUUUUUAACGAAUGUGAUGAGAAUUUGAAGAGUGUUCUCUCAGAAAUCAGGCUAAAUUUAAAGACUGGAAAGUCCACUCGCCGCCCUAUCAUUUCUGCUACUGAACAAGUAAACUUGGAAGCAGGAAUGGUCAAUCGAUACCUUCUCGGGAGAAAGACUCAGUUUGCUUACUUGGCUCUUGCCGAGCCAUGGCCCAAAGUAUCUGGUUUUGCUAAAGCAGACCUCUCAACAGGAGAGGUACACAAAUACAUCUAUGGAGAUCACAAGUAUGGUGGUGAGCCCCUGUUUCUUCCGAGUGACCCAAAUUCCAAUUCAGGGAAAGAAGAUUCUGGGUAUAUUUUAUGCUUUGUUCAUGACGAAAAAGAGUGGAAAUCCGAGCUGCAAAUUGUGAAUGCCAUGAAUUUGCAGCUAGAAGCAACAGUUAAGCUUCCUUCUCGAGUUCCUUAUGGUUUUCACGGCACUUUUAUUAGUGCUAAGGAUUUGGAGAAGCAGGUCUAGUAGAGAAGGCUGUGUAGCUAUGAUUUUCUUAGCAGAAGAUUCAGAAAGGAGAUUUACCAGAGGGAUUGCCUGCAGAUAUGUCCCCGGGUCUCCUUCUCUGUUACAGUAUCACCCUGUUUCUGGGUUCUUUUUUUGUUCUUUUGGUUCAUAUGCUUUAGAGUGAGAGGUUUUGAGGGAGCAGCUUGUAGCUUUUGGGUAUAGGUAGAUUGGAGCUCAGCUGGUCUCUGCUUAUUCUUUCACUUGAUGUACAUGAAAAAAUUAAAGUAUAGAAUUCCAUUAGUACA